AUGUCGCUUCAUUCCUAUAUCAACAAAAAGGUCCUGAUUCUGACGGUCGAUGGGCGGACCCUUCUCGGGACCCUCCUCUCUACCGAUCAGCUGACGAACCUGGUCCUCAUGGAUACCAUUGAACGGAUUAUUCGGACCCCGGACGACCCGGAGCCGAGCUCGCAGAUUGAACAUGGCCUGUACCUCAUUCGAGGCGAUAAUGUGGUGCUAUGCGGUGAAGUGGACGAGGGCAUUGAUAAUGAUGUUGAUUGGAGCAAAGUUAAGGGCGAGGUGGUCCGGAGCACCAAGAAUGCAUGA